GUAGCGUGCUGAUGUAAGCAGUGUUGGCGUGGUGACGUACGAGGGGCCGCGCAUGUUGCGGCCUGGGGUCGGUACGUAGGUUUAGAAUUGUCGCGGGCAGUGGGGCGCUCCAGUUACCUACUGCACUUGGUUUCUUUCUGGCGUUUGCCAAGUAUCCUGUCUGUUCCGCCCCGUUGGGAAGAGAGGGAAACGGAAGGUUCUGUGGGGACAGCUGGGAGUCCCGAAGGAGAAAGCGUGCAGCUGGAGGGUUCUGGAGCAUCUUAUAGCCGAGCUGUAGCCGCGGAAGGGCAGCCACUGAGAAGGGAGGGUCCUCGCAGGCGCGUUCGAACCGCGACGUCUGGGCUGCUCUCGCGGAGGGCCAGGGCGGCCGCACGAUGUUGGGGGCCCGCUGCUUGCUCCGGGCGGUGCGCUUUUGUUCCUCUGCCCCCUGCCCCAGGCACAAACCUUCAGCCAAACUGAGCGUGCGGGACGCUCUCAGGGCCCAGAACGCGAGUGAGGAACGUGUUAAGGUCCAGGGAUGGGUUCGUUCUGUCCGAUCUCAGAAGGAAGUCUUGUUCCUGCAUGUAAAUGAUGGGUCAUCUUUGGAAAGCCUUCAGGUUGUUGCAGAUUCAAGCCUUGACAGUAGAAUAUCCAUAGAUUCUGAAGAUUAUUUAACCCAAUUAAGGCUAAAACCAUUUGUCCUUAAGUAUUUUAAUAUUCUUAUUACAGCACUUUGGGAGGCUGAGACUUUCCCCAUCAGAUACAAAGAAAGGCAUCCUCUGGAAUACCUGAGACAAUAUCCUCACUUGAGGUGUAGGACUAACAUUCUGGGAUCUAUACUGAGGAUUCGCAGUGAAGCGACAGCUGCUAUUCAUUCUUUCUUUAAGGACAGUGGCUUUGUGCAUAUUCAUACUCCAAUAAUCACAUCCAAUGACUGUGAGGGAGCUGGAGAACUUUUUCAGCUUGAAGCUGCAGGCAAAAUAAAAGUACCUGAGGAGAAUUUCUUCAAUGUUCCUGCUUUCUUAACUGUCUCAGGACAGCUUCAUCUAGAAGUGAUGUCAGGCUGUGGAGGGUUAAAUGUAACUUGGGAAUUUGGAGAUAUUGGUUCAAAUAGUUCAACCCAGAGUUUCUCUGCCUUUUGUAUAGGUCAUCUCAUGAUCCAUAUCAGUAUUGUGGCCCCUCACCCCCGUUGCGGGCUCCGGAGUUCAGGACUGCUAAUUUCAGUGAAACUAUUAACAGACUUCCCAAUGGCUGACGGCACUUUCUCUCCUCCAGUAGGAAAGGGCGUCCAGCGUAGGGUCGCUCACACUUGCCCCUAUGGCGCAAAGCAGGCUACACCGAGGUGCGCGCCAGCCGCACGUAGGCGGUCCUCGAUGCCCACGCUGUUGGAGGGGCCCGAAGUGAGCCCGAGUAGCACGCUGUUGGUGGGAGGAAAGCUAGAGGAGACCUGGUACACUGGGCAGAGCGGCAGAGGGUCGGGGAGCCUGCCUUGCAAGCCCGGGAGUAGAAGUGGGCAAGGUAACGCGAGGGAACUUGCCAAGACUGAGCUUGGGUUCCGCUGGAGCUCGGGCUUGGGCCCCGGACUGCUGGGCCAGAUACCAGAGAAGAAAGGAAAAGAAGAAAAUGCUGGUUCUGGUGGGCUAGUUAUUAGUUCUCUGUUUCGUGAAGAAACUAUCAGGGAAGAAGACAAAAAUAUAUUUGAUUACUGCAGGGGAAACAGCAUUGACCAUAUAACCAAAGCCAUCAAAUCGAAAAAUGUAGAUAUGAAUGUGAAAGAUGAAGAGGGUAGGGCUCUACUUCAUUGGGCCUGUGAUCAAAUUUUUUUUGUUGACAGCCUUCAGGAUCUCAUGCAGGUUAUGGAGAAACUCUUCAAGGCUACAACAAUGAUGGUUCUCUCAAAUUGUCCUGAAGAUGUUAAUCUCUGUUACAAAUUCUUAGCUCCUGGCCAAAAGGACAGAUUAGAACUUAUGCUGAAAAACAACUUUUUAAUCAUUUCUUACACUGAAGCAGUGGAGAUCUUAAAGCAAGCAUCCCAGAACUUCACCUUUACCCCAGAGUGGGGUAUUGAUCUACAAACUGAACAUGAAAAGUACCUGGUGAAGCACUGUGGCAACAUACCCGUCUUCGUCAUUAAUUAUCCAUUAGCACUCAAGCCUUUCUACAUGAGGGAUAAUGAAGAUGGCCCUCAGCACACAGUUGCUGCUGUUGAUCUUCUGGUUCCUGGAAUUGGGGAACUCUUUGGAGGAGGCCUCAGAGAAGAACGAUACCAUUUCUUAGAGGAGCGCCUAGCCAGAUCAAGACUUACAGAAGUCUACCAGUGGUAUCUGGACCUUCGUCGAUUUGGAUCUGUGCCACAUGGAGGUUUUGGGAUGGGAUUUGAACGCUACCUGCAGUGCAUCUUGGGAGUUGACAAUAUCAAGGAUGUUAUUCCUUUCCCAAGGUUUCCUCAUUCAUGUCUUUUAUAGCUGGAAGAUUGGUUAAGGAAAAGCACCUCAUGGCAGAGGCACUGCACAUGAUUUCUGCAUACAUUGGAAUGCAUGUUUGGAUUUUAGAAAUGCAAAUUUCAAUAUAUAAUUGUUGUGGUACCAUAAGAUAUCAUAGAAAAAAUAUAAGUGGUUGUGAUUUUCUUAGAAAGUUGAGGCCUUUCACGUAAGGAUGAUUUCCCCCAAGUACAAGUACUUAUAGCAAGGGGUCUCUCAAAUCCUUUACCUCAAUUAAGAAGAAUUGAAGAAAUUGAAUUAGAUAAUCUCAAAGUUUCUUUUCAACUCUAAAACAGGAUGAGAUAGUAUAUUUUACUUUGUCUAUAAUCAUUAAAUCACUUUCCUGUGUAAUUUUUGAGAACCAUCUAGUAGAUCAAAAUAAUGUUGGAUCUUUUCUCCCCUUGCCAUAUACUUCGUGAUAAAUGCUUAUCUUAUUUUCAGUGCUUUAACUAAACAUUGCAGAAAAGAAAUAUUCCUUAAGGUCUUAAUUGACUUAAUAAAGUAGCUAUUCUGAAUUGAAAUCUCCUUUGAUUGAACUGGAUGAAAAAUUACAUUUAAUAACUGUUGCUUUUCAAUUAUAAAAGCUAAUGAGAUGUUGUAUUAACUAUUUAAACUCUUUAAUCACUGUUGUGUUAUAAUUUGUUUAUAUUUGAUGUUUACAAUUUCUCUAAUAAAAUAGAUAUUUUUAUUGGCA